AUGUCCUUCAAGGAGUCGUCGUAUAGUUCGCAAAAUGACCAUGCUCCGGUCAAGUUGCCCCCGAUAUCGUUUCUUUCGAGCAAGUUAGGGGCAUCAGACAAGGAAGGCGAGGCUAAGAGCCGUCCUGAGAGUCAACAAUUGCCUUCUCUAUCGUCUAUCAACUCUGGUGAAUUUCAACUGCCUUCGAUAUCCUCGCUGGCUUCUGGCGUCGACUCAACGAAACUCCCUUCUAUUGUGCCGAGCAAGUCUUCUGAACAACCCUCAGACCAAAAAUUGCCACCUUUGAAAUCGUCAGCAUCACCUCCUUCCACAAACAACUCGUCACCGUCCAGACAGCAAAUUAAUAGCGUUAGUCCCCCUCGCGAGACUGAAAAGGGAGACAAAUGCCGCCAUCAUCACCGUGUGCACGAUGAGCUUACGACACAUCUGAAGGAAGCACAACAGCAUCUCAAAAACGGCGGUCAUAUUCAUAUUGUGCAUCAGCCUCAUGGUAACCACCAUCAUCACAAAGUUCUUGUACACAACCCUAAUGAGACACCUUCUGAUGUUCCGCCUCCUCAAGGGAAUGAUACAACCAUCAUACAGAACGAUUCUACCAUAAUUGACCCCAACGCAACAGUGCCCCAAGACCAGUCAUUGGUCCAGCAGACAUCGCCGAAACAGAGUACGGAAAAACCAAAAGAAACAUUCAAGCCGCGAGAAAUAACGAUCAAUUCAAAAGAAACACUUCUUCUCGCCGCAAAAUUCCCAAGAAAGCAUCUGGGGUCGAUAAUAUACCAGGCCUAUCCAACAAAGGAGACCCGUUGCAUGUAUUUGCAAAACAUAGAACCAGAACACGUGCAUGAGGGCUCACAAGUGACCAGUGAGCUUGUCUCUAAAAGAAUCGAACUUCUUCCUGCAUACUUCGCAAACUACAUCAACUGUACAGUGGAUAUACACAUCCCAUACCAGUGUAUCCCCGACAAUGUCAACGUAUACGACCGCAGAAUAUGGGGGACGGACAUUUAUACGGAUGAUUCCGAUAUCGUGGCCAUAUUGUAUCAUUGUGGAGUGCUCAAGUCGGCUGAUCCAUCUGCUCUGGAGUCUGGGCAGUCCACCCGUACACCAGAAGAUAGCGAAAAAUCUGGGGAAUUUAUCAUUGAUAACGAAAAGGGUACUAUAAGAUUUUCUAGACACACAGGGCCUUUGACACCCGGAAACUUGGAGAACCGCUCGAACGUGAUCAAGCAGGAUGUGGAUUCGAGUGACGCAAAUGAUUUGGUGAUAACUUUGCUGAUUCUGCCUCGUCUGGGCGUGUACCAGGGGACAUACAGAAAUAACUACUACUCCAGAACCUGGGGAAGAAAUGGUCGUUUGCAUAAUGGUGUCUCUAUUGCUCUUUUUGCGGUGAAAUGGUGCAAGUUGGGUGGUUCUUACGACGGCUUGAAUUAUGGGUCUUUCCGCAAAAGAUUAUUGAGCGAGCGCAUUGAGCUUUCCCAGAAACUUCUCAAGACGUCGAGCGAACAAGGAGCUGUUCCCGGCUGGGAGUUGGAUCGUAAAUACUAUAAAGAGUUCAAGUAA